CACUCUUCCCUUCAUCGUACGCCGCUUCCUCUCCCAACUCUCGCCAGCAAUAUGUCCUCCAGGGCACAUCCCGGCCGCCGAAGCACACAGGAAGGGUCCGAAGAGUGUGAAAUUUCCCUGACGAUCCCGAGCACGACGGGGCCCUACGUGGGGAGAGAGGCCUCAGGGAUGGAGCAUGCCGCGAAUUAGAGGGGCCGAGCAGUGGGAAGUCAGGCCCUCGUCUGCUCUGCGGGGGAUCAGACGCAGCCGGGCUGUCAUGUGGCAGCGGAUACAGAGACUGUCCCGGGCCUGCCGCCACGGGACGGGAUGUGCGGUCAACUACAAUGAUCCCGACCACGAGGAGCAGGACAUGGUGUGCCUUGAGCCCAUGGGAUCAGAGCCGAUGGAGAUGCGAAAGAGGCAGAUGCCGGUGCAGCAGGAGUCGGCAGCGGGGGGAACUGUACCGGCCCAGCAGGGCCAGCCAGGCCAGGCUAACCCGCGGGGGUCCAGUGCGUGCUGCUUCUGCUGGUGCUGCUGCUGUAGCUGCUCCUGGAACGAGGACAGAGAUGACAGGAACCGAAAGGCAUCCUAUGACGUCAAAGAGGGGAGCGCAGACUGUGAAGACUGCCCCAAGCCCACGGUGGAGGAGGUGCGCUCGUGGGGCCAGUCCUUCGACAAGCUGAUGUGCUGCCCGGCCGGGAGGAACUCCUUCCGGCAGUUCCUGCGCACCGAGUUCAGCGAAGAGAACAUGCUCUUCUGGCUGGCGUGCGAGGAGUUCAGCAAGGAGAGCAACAAGAGCACCAUCGAAGAGAAGGCCCGGGUCAUCUACGAAGACUACAUCUCCAUCCUCUCGCCAAAAGAGGUGAGCCUGGACUCCCGUGUACGCGAGUCCAUCAACCGGAACAUGCAGGAGCCCAACUUGCACACGUUUGACGACGCCCAGCUGCAGAUAUACACCCUCAUGCAAAGAGACUCGUACCCGCGCUACAUGAACUCCCCCACCUACAAAAACCUGCUCAACGCUCUGUCUGAGCAGUCCCCCGAGUCUUAAGACCCCCUCCCCUUCCCCCCCAUUUCCUUUUUGGGGGGGGGGUGUUUCUAUUUCCUUUCCUUGCUUUGUGUGUCCAGUGCAGGAUUACACAAACCCCGGGAAUCUCAGCGCUAUUGUGAUCCGCACCUGAACGCCGACACUCAGGUCUCAGCAUCUCGCGAGGGCUCGACAUCACAAGUACUGCUACACGUACUACACAGCAAAACACUCCAAAGGAAUACUUUUGACUUGUGUUGCUCCUUUCUUUUCAUAGAAAUAUUCUAAUUCAUUUGAGGGUUUUUUAUGGUCUGUUGUGUGGGUGGGUGGGGUAAAUGAUUCCUACUUUAGACUACAUACAGCAUACAGUAUAUUUAUGGGUUUGUAAAUAGUACAGUUGGAAUUGUGGGUAUUUACGUGGAGACGCUUGGUUCUAUUUAACUGCGUAUGAAAAUCAAAGCUCUAGGCAAAUGUUAGAUACAUGUUAGAUCUACAUGCAGGCAGCUUUGUGGGGGUGUGGAGGGUGCAGCAACCUUUGUUGUUAUUUUUUAUUUCAGUUAUUAUUUUACAAACAGUACCUCACUCUCGGGUACGUGUGACUUUGCAACUCCAGUUCAUUGGGGAGACUUCAAAUGUGGAUGUGUGCGACAUUACAAAAUCUCUAUUUAUUGCAUUAUAUUGAAUACAAUAUAGAAACUCACAUCUUUAUUUAUUAAAUUACAUUAUUAUAUUUAUGCUUCUUAUUUGUAAAUGGUAUUAAUAUUAUGUAUCUUACAUGUUUUUGUCCAUACAUUUGUCUUUUGGCUAAGGAACGUCGAUUGUCUCACAUACAACAAUAUGUAUGUCGGUGCCAAGUAUCACAGGAAAUAACACCUUCUUUUAGUUUCUCCAUUUAAAGUUUUGGUUAAUAUUAAUUGAUAUUAAUAACAAAAAUUGAAAAUUGGAUGGGAGGGACAUCACUGCCAACAAACCGGUUAGCUUAGUUUAGCUUAGCACACCAACAGAAACAAAGCAAGCUUUGUACUAACUACAAGAAGUAAAAAUACAGCUCCAUGUGCAAAUGUAACAUGUGUAGCAUGUUAUAAAAAAAAACCUGUCUAACUGGACGUUAACUGCCAAGCUUGUUGCCAGAAAACGGUUAGAGGCUAGUAGUCAAUAGUUGUAUUUCAGAUUUAACAUACAUAAUGUAAUUUAUGUCGAUUUUUAACAGCUCACAAGUCAGGUUAGCCUUGACCUUAAGUGGUUUCUUUUUUCUCAUGUUAAGUUAAGAUGGCUAGCACGCUAAUGAUUACCAUGAAUACACACAAAUUGUACACUCUGCCCGAUAUGAACCAGCAUAUAACUCCCAUCAGUUUCAAUCUACUGCAACAUCGAAAUAUUUAAAAACUUUAUGAAAAGGGAAGCGUUUUAAAAGAUAAAGAAUGGUCAAGGGCUAGCGGCGACACCAAAGCUAGCAUGUUCGUACGCCUCAGUUUCCAUUGACUAUGACUGGAGUUGCCAAGUGUUGGACCAUUUUUAUGUAUUCUUCUGAUUUAUUUAUUUAUUUUUAAACUUUUGGUUGCCUCACGACCGUGUCACUCAAAGCUGAGAUCCUCACAUGGGGAAGUGCCUUGACAUUCAGUGUGGAUGACAUCUUUCUCAUGGUUCAAGCUCUCGCCAUAAAAGGUGCUUUUGACUGGAGCACAACAGCCAGCUCUCAUUGGCCAAACGGCUGCAUGAUGUUGCAUUUGGUCUGGGUAUGUGACCACAUGGGUACACUUCAGAAGCGUUACCAAAUGGCAUGUUGGGGGACCCGCUAUGGAUUUAUGGAUGAACGCAGCUGGUCGAUGGACGGAUCGACCUCAAACACAACCUAAGCCUUUGCUGGGUUUGGCGUGAUGCCUAUAAAUAUAUCGUUUCUUCUUCUGUUUACGAUAUGGAACGUUAUUUUUGCGUUGCGUUUACUGGGGGAAAAAAACAACAAAAAGACAUUGAAAAAAAAUAAGCAGACAAAUAAUGUGAAUGUUUACAAGUAUAUGGUUCAGUUUUGUUCUGCUACUCUCAAACAAGAAGAAAAUGAUGACUUGUGGGCAUUUUGAUGGAGAUAAAAUAAAAAGCACAAUAAUUUUAACAACUCUGGACUAUACUUUUUAAGUCUGUUCAGUUGUCUAUAGCUUUAAUGCUAAUGAGUUGUGUUUGUUUGAGUGCUAUUGUGUACUUUAUCCAGUUUUUACAUAUACUGUACAGUUGUCCCUCGCCACUUCUCGCUUUGAAUUUUGCGGCCUCACUCGAUAUAUUUUGAAAAACAGUGAGAAAUAAAUAAAUCAUCGAUGUUACCUGGUUGACUACGGGCUAUUAUUAGCUUUAAAAAAAUGCACAUUAUACAUAUGCAAAACAUAUUUUUUGGUCUAAAUUAAGCAUUUUCCACCAUUAAAAUGUCUUAAUGAACUAAAAUUCAAAUAUAAGGCAUUCAGACGACAAAAACGUGAUAUGUAGUAAUCUGCACUGUUCACUAAAUGUCAGUAAUGUUACAUUGAUGAGACAAUAGCCACCGCAGGAAGUACCGUACAGAAACAGGAAGUAAAAAAGGAACAAGAACAGCUGUCCCAAAUCUAACAUAUGUGAGUCUAUAUUAUGUCUUAUUUGGUCUUAUUAUGUCUGCUAUACUGGGUUGUAAAGGUGACUGUAGGGGUGUUAUUUCAUGUCUAUGGGGCUCAAAUGAUGUUAAAAACCGUAUUUAGAAGGUCGUAAACAGGUUUUCUAUGCUCUAACUACAAAAAUGUUCCAGUUAUAAAUAAGGAAUUCUACUUUGCGGAAAUUCACUUCUAACAGUUGGGCCAGCUCAAUAAACAAGGGAUUACUGUGCACUGUAACUCUGCAAUGCCCAAUGUAGUAGAUGCCAUACAUCACAUACAACAACGUAACAUUAAGGAGUGGGGUGGGAGGACACAGACAUUAGCAAACCUAGCAUAACUAUUUGAGGUACAGUGCUAACAUUGCACUCACAUUUUAACAUCAUGCUAGGUUAGCUGAAGAAAAACUAAAUGACCAAACUUACAGCUCGUGACCGACAACUAGUUAGAAGAGCGCCAAGCUUCAUUUUAAAAUGUGUAGCUAAGCCUUUUUUUCCCUUCACAUCAUGAAAACAUGCAUCUUCAACAGUGAACGCUUCUUCUCUCACAGGUAAAGCGCAAACAAGUGAGAUAGCUUUUGCUCACAUUUGGUGCUCAUAAACAGGCUGUAGGGACACAUUACUGAUAGAAGCUCAUUAAAAUGUCACUUUUGCAUAAUAGGGGACCUUUAACUAUUAAAGAGUAAAGCUCUGCUUUUGAAGAUAUUUUAUACCUAAAUUUGGCCUGGGUUUUCAUACACUGUCUUGGUUAUCAAACAAUAUUACGCAUAACUAACUAGUCCAUUUGCCCUGUACUAUAUCACUGCGCGUAAUCGAGUGUCCAAACAAAGCACUCUGCGUGUUGCUGACUCUUGUCUAUGCAUUUUUUAUUGUGUGCGGCUGCUAAAUAACCCGCCACGGGGCCAAAGAAAGUUGCGAGUGCCAGCAAUUUGUUCAAAACAAAGAUGAGAAACACUACUGAAUUCAAAAAAUAACUCAAAGUAAAGUACGAAGACGGUAUCAACUACCCUCGUCCCUCUGUGCUCCUCGGAAUCUUCCCAAUAAGCCUUCAAUAAAGAUAAAAGUGGUGUUAAAUGUUUCAUUUAUCCAUUUCAUUCCGUGUAAUUAUUUUGCAUUAUUGUGUGCAUGUAAAACUAUAAUUAUUCCCUAUAAAAUGUACUUUUACAUA